AUGAAUACUCAUUUUCAUCAUGUAUACUCAUUUUCGUCAAGUAUACUCAUUUUCAUCAUGUAUACUCCUUUUCGUCAAGUAUACUCAUUUUUAUCAUGUAUACUCAUUUCUGUCAUGAAUACUCAUUUUCAUCAUGAAUACUCCUUUUCGUCAAGUAUACUCAUUUUCAUCAUGUAUACUCCUUUUCGUCAAGUAUACUCAUUUUUAUCAUGUAUACUCAUUUCUGUCAUGAAUACUCAUUUUCAUCAUGUAUACUCCUUUUCGUCAAGUAUACUCAUUUUCAUCAUGUAUACUCCUUUUCGUCAAGUAUACUCAUUUUUAUCAUGUAUACUCAUUUCUGUAAUGAAUACUCAUUUUCAUCAUGUAUACUCCUUUUCGUCAAGUAUACUCAUUUUUAUCAUGUAUACUCAUUUCUGUCAUGAAUACUCAUUUUCAUCAUGUAUACUCCUUUUCGUCAAGUAUACUCAUUUUUCAUCAUAUACUCCUUUUCGUCAAGUAUACUCAUUUUUAUCAUGUAUACUCAUUUCUGUCAUGAAUACUCAUUUUUCAUCAUGUAUACUCCUUUUCGUCAAGUAUACUCAUUUUUCAUCAUGUAUACUCCUUUUCGUCAAGUAUACUCAUUUUCAUCAUGUAUACUCCUUUUCGUCAAGUAUACUCAUUUUUAUCAUGUAUACUCAUUUCUGUCAUGAAUACUCAUUUUUUCAUCAUGUAUACUCCUUUUCGUCAAGUAUACUCAUUUUCAUCAUGUAUACUCUUUUCGUCAAGUAUACUCAUUUUAUCAUGUAUACUCAUUUCUGUCAUGAAUACUCAUUUUCACCCAUGUAUACUCCUUUUCGUCAAGUAUACUCAUUUUUAUCAUGUAUACUCAUUUCUGUCAUGAAUACUCAUUUUCAUCAUGUAUACUCCUUUUCGUCAAGUAUACUCAUUUUCACCCAUUAUACUCAUUUUCAUCAUAUAUACUCCUUUUUUCGUCAAGUAUACUCAUUUUUUUUAUCAUGUAUACUCAUUUCUGUCAUGAAUACUCAUUUUUCAUCAUGUAUACUCCUUUUCGUCAAGUAUACUCAUUUUCAUCAUGUAUACUCCUUUUCGUCAAGUAUACUCAUUUUUAUCAUGUAUACUCAUUUCUGUCAUGAAUACUCAUUUUCAUCAUGUAUACUCCUUUUCGUCAAGUAUACUCAUUUUCAUCAUGUAUACUCCUUUUCGUCAAGUAUACUCAUUUUUAUCCUGUAUACUCAUUUCUGUCAUGAAUACUCAUUUUCACCCAUGUAUACUCCUUUUCGUCAAGUAUACUCAUUUUUAUCAUGUAUACUCAUUUCUGUCAUGAAUACUCAUUUUCAUCAUGUAUACUCCUUUUCGUCAAGUAUACUCAUUUUCAUCAUGUAUACUCCUUUUCGUCAAGUAUACUCAUUUUCAUCAUGUAUACUCCUUUUCGUCAAGUAUACUCAUUUUCAUCAUGUAUACUCAUUUUCGUCAAGUAUACUCAUUUUCAUCAUGCACACUCAUUUCCGUCAUGAAUACUCAUUUUCGUCAAGUAUACUCAUUUUCAUCAUGUAUACUCAUUUCCGUCAUGCAUACUCAUUUUCAUCAUGUAUACUCAUUUUCAUCACUGGUGGUGGUGGUGGUGGGGUAAUUGCUUCUCUUUUUUUACCUCUUCUGUUCCUUUUCUCUUUUUUAUCUCUUCUUUUUUUAUCCCUUCUUUCAUUUUCCGCCCCGCCCCCCCACACUUUAUUUUUCCGUUUAUUCUUCUCAACUUCCGAAUUCCUUCGUAUAUCGCAUCCAUCUUUCUUUCACAAGUCAGAUAGUCAUUUUCCAUCGCCAUAUAUCCUGAGCUAUAUGACCCCCAUCCCCAAACCCAUCACCCAGCGCCGCUGUUACAUUUAUGAUCACAUCUUCUCCAUUCCCCCUACCCCACGGAUUCAUCUGCUCCACCCAGCCCCGAUCGCCUUUUCAAACACCCGCCCUACCCACUCCGUAAAUCUCGACUCGAGAUCGAAAUCAAGUGGAGCCAUAAUAAAUGAGAACAAGAGACACGAGAGAAAUAUUAUUGGAAUUAUCACUGCCAUUCUCGUCGAACGAGACGCCCUAAAUCACAGCCGAAAGUCUCCAGCUUCUUCUCCUCUUUCUUCUUCUUCUUUUUAUUCUUCUUCUUCUUCUUCCCUUUCUUCUUCCCGUUCUUCUUCACUUUCUUCUUCCCUUUCUUCUUCUUCUUCUUCUUCUUCUUCUUCUUCCCUUUCUUCUUCCCGUUCUUCUUCUCUUUCUUCUUCCCUUUCUUCUUCUUCUUCUUCUACUUCUUCUUCUUCUUCUUCUUCUUUCCCUUCUUCUUCCCCUUCUUUUUCUUCCUCUUCUUCUGCUUUUCUUUCUUUCUUUCUUUCUUUCUUUCUUUCUUUCUUUCUUUCUUUUCCUUCUUCACUUUCUUCUUCUUCUUCACUUUCUUCUCCUUCUUCUUCUUCUUCUUCUUCUUCCUUUUCUUCAUCUUCUAUUUUCUUCUCUUCUGCUUCCC